UCCUUCCCAUAUAUGUUUUCUUCUGGUGAUAUCAAAUGACUGUGUAUCAUGAAAUACCAUAGUUCCAUAUAUUCAAUCACCCAGAGACUGGGUGGGAAGAUUAAAAGAGAUACUAAUUGUAAAGCUCCUGGCACAAAAACCAUAAUCAAGAAAUUUGACAUCAUUAUAUAGCUUUUAAACUCCAAAGAGACCAAAGAGAUCUUCUGAAGAUGAAGCAUCUAAAUGGAAAGAAGAAAAACAAAACAAACAAAACAAUGAAGAAAACUUCCCAGAAACAAGGAUUCUCAAAUUCUGGAAAAGACUAUCAGAUUGUAUAUAAGCAUUCACGUCCAAAAUGCAUUGUGGAAAAGGAAACCUCAAUUAUCAGAUAUGAAACAAGACACUCCCAAGCGAAAAACAUACAGUCUCCUAAUAACCAAAAUACACUUAACAGUUUUCCUUCAGGAUUCUCAAAUUCUGGGCAAGGAUAUCAGAUCUAUUAUAUGAUUUUACGUUCAAGAUGCAUUGUGAAAAAAAAACCCUCGACUAUCAGACAUGGAAAGAGACGCUCCCAACUGAAAAAUAUAGUGUCUACUACUGAGAAACACUCACUUAAGAAUUUUUCUUCAAGAAUCUCAUAUUCUGGGGAAAGCAUUAUGAGAAAUAAAGCUGCACCUGCCCGUUAUGAAGUGAAAAGCUUUUCACAGGAAAUCCCACUGGCGACUCCUUUUUCUGCAGAAAACUCACAUAAUAGUUAUCCUCCAGUGGAAUUUAAGUAUACACAGCAGUUCACUGGCUUGAACACAUCCAAAAAUAAGGCUGUCAGUUUUUUUUUCGACAAUGGAGAUUUUGACAUCUUUGUUGAAGACUUACUUGAAAAAGAAAAGCGAGAUUUGCUGUUAAUAGACUUCUUCAGAGACAUAAAUUCAAAGGAAGAAGAGCCGCCCCUGGUGGUGCUGAGACCUCAAUUUUCUAACAUCAAUCUCCAGGUGCAUGCUACGGAUGAGAAUAAUCUUGAGCUUCACAAAUGUGAAAAUCAAAACUCAGCCCAGGAAAAGAGAUUCUUCAAAAUGCAUCCAGAAGGCGGUGAAUGGGUUUCCUUUGAGUGUUACUGUUUUCAAGGAUUUUAUAUUGGUGUGAAGGAAAACAGCCUAGGACUUAUAAAGAAGAAAGAAGACGAUAAAGCUUUUAUUUUUCAACUCAUAAGUAACUGAACCUCAGCUUCUUUGGUACUUUCUCAGGCUGUGGAAGGCUAAUUGGAUAGAAACCUAUGAUAUUCUGACAUUUGAGAAUCACUGGAAUAGACUAUCAAUGAAAAACAAGAGUGUCUGCCUCUGUGAAAUUUUGGUUUCUAUAAUAGCUUUCUAGGAAUUGAAUAAUCCAUAAAUUUCAAGAGAAGUGUAUUAAAAAUGGCAGACUUCACCAUUCUUUCCUACAGUGGCAGCCUCCUCCUACUCAAGCAAUUGAAUCAUUACAAAUGUUGAUUAAAAUAUUUUCCUUACUCUGCUAGUUGCAAAAGAAAAUACAGAAGAAGCAUAAAAAGUAGUUGUCCCUGUCCUCAACGAAUUUAUCCUUAAAUUGGAAAGAAAAGGCUAUUUACACAAUUCAACUCCAAAUAUUUUUAAAAGUUAUUUCAUUCUUCUGAUAUCUCUAAAGUUAAAUAAGCAGAGAAUAGAAAUCUUCAAAUCAUACAGCCAAGUAAACACUACUCUUCUGGCUAUAGAUCCAUUUACCUUGUAAAUUUAGCCAUAAUUCUAUGUUCCAGAAUAUCAGUGACAAUAGGAACCAACUUUUGUAUUCAUACCUUAAUUUUCUAUUACUAAUUUCUCCAUCUUAACCCAUGUUCCUUGCCACAAACCUGAGUAUGCAUCUGUAAUAAUGGCUGCUUUUGAGGUCUGCAAAAUACUAUACAUUAUCUUAUUUGCUCCUCACAAUAGUACUCUGAAGUAAAUACUAUUAUUAUUAUUUACAUUUUUUACAGAUGAUAAAACAGGGACUGAGAGAAGGUGAACCCCAUGGUUGCAGUGUUCAAUUGUAUCUACUAUCAGUAAGAAAGUAGGAUUUUAUGCAUAUGUGAAAUUUUGUAAAUCAGACACAAUCAAAAGCUCCCCCUCAAAAAAACCCCAAAAGAUCAUUCCAACAGGUCAAAGAAUAAUAAGUUCGAAACUGGAGGAACCAAUCCAACUCUUUCAUCUGACAAGUUCAAACAAUUUCUUCUUAAAGUCAGAUUUUUAUCAACAAAUUCAGAUAGCUAUAAAUAAAGUUUGUUUUUUUUUUCUUUUUACAAGAAGGUGGCAGGUUAAAGGUAGUUUUGUUCCUAUAUUAUAGCUCCAAGCCUUUUUCAUUGAGUCUGUUUAUAGUGACUUUCAUCAUCACAAAAGACUUAAGACCAGAAACUCAGUAUCAUAUUUCAUCAUUUCCUCCUCAGUCACAAAAAUAUUCUAGGUCACAAAUCUCAGAACCUCAUUCCUUCCAAACAGCAAGAGACUAGUAGUAUCAUCUUCUUUACUGAAACAAAUUAAGCUAUUUUUUUCCCCACUCUUUAGGCAGCUAGGUGACACAACAGAUAGGAUGCUGGUCCUAGAUUCAGAAAGACCAGAGUUCAAAGCCAGCCUCAGACAUUAUAAGUCACUUAAACUUAUUUACCUCAGUUUUGUCAUAUGUAAAAAAAAAAGCUGGAAAUAUAUUUUGCAAGAAAAUCCCAAAUAGGAUCAUGAAAAAUCAAACACAACUGAAAAGACCGAAGAACAACACUCACUCUUUCAAUAGAAAUAGGUCUACCUUGUUUUGUGAAAUAGACAGAUUUCUAAAGUUGCACAUGGAAACUUAGUCAGGGUAGAAAUGUAGUUUAUGGGGCAUAAUUCUUAAAAGAAACCUAAUAUAAGCAGUAAAAUUCUUCUCUAGAGUAUAUGUUCAUUCCCGAACUUAUCUCUUUUGUAAGUGCUAACUUUUGUACAUGCAGUUGCAUUCAAAUGAUAUCUAUAUCACGUGUUAUAUGCCCUAGAAUUAGUGAAAGAAAUACUUUUUUAAGUAUAAGUAUUUGCUUACCUAAAAUAGUUUUUUAAAGCUUUUUAUUUUCAAAAUAAAUGCAGUUUGCAACAUUCGCCCUUGCAAAACUUGUGUUCCAAUUUUUUUCUCCCUCCUUUCCCCCAGCCUCUCCCCUAGACAGCAAGUAACUUAUAUAUGUUGAACAUGUACAAUUCCUCUAUACAUAUAGAAUAGGUUUUUUUUUUUAAAUUAAGGAUAACAUCUAUUAGUUGCACAGAGACACUUCUUAGUCUUGCUAUUUUGAAAAUAAUUUUAUCCUAGAAACAAAUAUAAAAAAUGUAAUCCAUAUUCUUUGUUAAAUAAAUCUGAGAACUAAACAUUCUUAUGUAAGUUGUGGUUAAAAGGACUACUCUUUAAUAGCUAUAUUUUUGCUGAAUCUUUCUUAUUCUUCAUUAUAUGGAAUAAUUCUCUAGGAGAGGGAAGAGGGAUAUAACAUUGGAAAAUGUAGAUGAUGUAAAAAUAAAAGAUAUCAAUAAAAAUUCCUUAAAAAAUAAA